AUGGAUAGUAUAUCAGAUUCCGUUUCCGAAGGCCUAUCUUCACCGGAGCUAUUACAUCGUAGUAGUGGGGAAUCAUAUCAAACGAGUUCCAAGCUAAAAUUCUCCAUACAGAACAUUUUGAGACCAGAGUUCGGUAAGCAGCACGAAACAGUUCUAAAGCCAUGUGUAUCAACAACACCGGACAACAUGAAUACAGUAUUCCCAGCUUGGAUAUAUUGUACUCGGUAUUCCGAUCGACCGAGUUCAGGGCCAAGGUCACGACGAACGAAACGGAAAGAAACAAAUCUUAAUGACGACGAGAAGCGACCACGAACGGCAUUUACUGCUGAACAACUAGAACGGUUGAAACAACAGUUCAUGGAUAAUCGGUACCUGACAGAGAAACGGCGUCAGGAAUUAGCUCAUGAGCUUGGCCUAAAUGAAUCACAAAUCAAAAUAUGGUUCCAGAGAUAUCGAGCAGAAAAGAGAAUGUGCGAUGGACACCAACGUAAUUCUUCCUCGAUCUUGUCUUCAAAAGCUAGCUUUGACUGUAACAUUGCGGAGCUUUGUUAA